UGAAAACAAAAGUGCCAGUGGAUACGGAAAUCUUCUUUUACCAUAUCAGACCUAUCGGUGCGAAUCAAUAACUUCAUAUAACACCAGUUGUUCGACUGACGAGCUGAUCAGUUGGAUGAUAUUUGCAUAUUAGAGAUAACGUCAUUAAUCACGAAUGUUUGCGUUGGACACGUCACCAAGAUGGCGGAAGUAGACGAACAGGAGCUGGAGUCGGAAGACUGGCAGGUGGAGUUAGAGACAGCUGUGUUAGAGGGCAGCUGUGACAUCGGAAUCAUCCGGAACAUCUGCAAGGGUCGGCAGGUUCCUGAGGAACUCAGACCGGGGGUAUGGAAGAUCUGCUUGAACGUAGCUGCAAAGGGAGACUCCAUGGAGUCCUGGGAUGGAGUGUUCGACUUACCGCAGCAGGACGUUCUCAGGCAAGACUGCCUCAACCUCCUAGAAAAGUAUGACGAUCUGGCAGAAGAGCAGCUGGCCCUCCUGAGCGACAUGGAGUCAGUGCUCACGUUCUACGCCAAGUCUCGCAGUCUACAGUACACCUCCGGGAACGGCUGGGUGGAUAUUCUGGCUCCUCUUAUUCCACUGCGUCUGCCCAGAAAAGAUCUGUACAAUUGCUUCUAUGCCAUCAUGACCAAAUAUAUUCCAAGGGACUGUAAAGUUGAUGGGAAGCCAUUCCACUUGUUCAGGCUGUUACUGUUGUAUCAUGAUCCUGAGCUCUGCAACUUCCUGGACACUAAAAGGAUAUCAGCAGAUAUGUAUGCUCUUAUGUGGAUCCAGAGCCUGUUUGCGAGCCCGUGUGAGUUGAGUGUGGUGCAACCCAUGUGGGACCUGUACUUACAGCAGGCGGACCCCUUCUUCCUGUUCUUCCUUGCACUAGUCAUACUUGUAAACGCCAAAGAACAGAUUCUUCCUAUGGAGAAUGAAGAUAAGCAGGUCAUUAUAGAUACCUUAAAAGUCUUUCCUGCCCAACUUGAAGCUGAAGAUAUUGAAGAUUUCUGUGCCCUGGCCCUGUACUACUCCUCAAGGACUCCCCAGUCUUUCAGAAAGGAUUACCAGUACAUGUUUGGAGGCAGCCUGACAGCCAGAGAAGAUGCAGGUGAUGAGGAGAUGCUGUCUCAGGCCCUGUGUCUGCCUGUGUCUGUGGCUGAACUACUGCAGGCCACGGAGGACUCAAAUGGCGACAGUGUACACUAUUUUGUUGUGGAUUGCAGGCCUGCUGACCAAUACAAUACCGGGCAUCUUUCCACUGCUUUUCAUUUAGAUGCUAAUCUGAUGUUGCAGGUCCCGACAGAGUUUGCCCUGGCUGUGCAAGCCUUGUUUUCGGCGCAGCGCACAGCGAUAGCGGCGGGGUCGGUGGCAGGUGGGGAGCACCUGUGCUUCAUGGGGAGUGGUCGGGAUGAGGAGGACCAAUAUGUACACAUGGUGGUGGCACACUUCCUGCAGAGACAUACAGCCUUCAUCAGUUUAGCCAGAGGAGGCUAUCAUGCGCUACACACUGAGCUUGUGAAGAGAGAAGAGAAGGGUGAUUCUAACUUCUCAGUCAGGACCUGUAUAGUGUCUACUGCAGGGGAGGACGUCAAUGGGGAACAUGACGGGAGAUCUGGGGCGCAGGGAGCAUCUCUCAUCAACAAGCUGUCCAGCGCUGUCAGACACAAGUCAGACGUCAUGAAGGAACAACUCUCCAAAAUCAAGGACAAACUGGCAGAGGGGGCUGGGCCUGUAGAAAGACAUGUAAGCAGCAGUGACAAACUAGGCAAGCCCUACCGUGGUGUCAAACCAGUCUUCAGUAUUGGGGAUGAAGAGGAUGACCAUGAUGAAAUUGACAACUUCAGUGUGUCUGACGAUGAACAUGAGGUGGUGAACUUGGACACGUGGUUGAAGAAGCCAGACGUUAUUCAGCACUUUCCCUGUCAAGAAGUCAAGGAGUCGGGUCAUCUACUGCCAAGCCACCUGUUACUGACCAGCACUCACAUGUAUGUUUUGAGAGACAAUCCAGACAGAAAAGGAAUGUCGUUCAUCCAGUCCAGACAUGCGCUAACAGAAGUUGUGAAAAUAACAUCCAAGAAAAGACAUCCUGAUUUGAUCACCUUCAAGUACGGGAUCAGUGAGGAGGAGGGUGUCCAGGUGACUGGCAUGGAGAGGUUUCUGAUCCCCGAGGCAGCAACCUGCACCAGAUUUAUCAAGGAACAGAUCCUCAAGGUACUGGAUGCCACAGACAGCUGACCUCCUGCAACGCAUCAUUCGUGCAAUUCCAGAUUCCUUUUGAUCAGUGUUCAGCUCUAGACAGACAGACACAAGGGCACAGUACGCCAUGAUUUACCUUUAGAGCUCUUCCGACAAUUUGAACUGAACCUGUUCUAUUCCUAUACCUUUCCUGUAUUGUUUUAUGUUUUGUUGUUUUCCUUUUGUCACCUUUCUGGCUAAUUUAUGUUUUACCUUUUGUUUGAAGGACAUUUUGUCGUUUGUGAAACUAGACACUAGAGUCCUGUGAUAUAAUUAUGGGUACAUCCAUGUAUGUGAUACAUACAUCAUGGUACAUACAUGUAAAUGAUAAUACAUUUUGCAUAAUAUGAUGUCCAUUCUGGUAACUUAAUUAAUGAUUCCUAUAAGAGGAAAUACCUUAAGAUGUGGUAUGAUAUAAUAUUUAGGGGACCUAACAAAAAUCCAAUUGCAUUGGUUAUGUGCUAAGACUAAGAUGACUUCACAAUCUCUGACCUACAAUAAGGCUCUACAUUAAAGUAAUCCUUUCUACUAUUCCACUUACUGCACACUCUGAUCUGUGCAAAUCUUUUCAGCAUAGUGUAAGACAAAGACUAACAUUUAGUACAAUUUUCACAUCCAAUUUCAACGAUAGUGAAAAUGUUGCAUUAUAAAUAUACAAACCAAACUUUCCAUGUUUUGCACUUAAAGAUGAGUGUUGCUAUGCUACAUGGAACAGCAGGAAAAGCUAGACGUCAGUGUUUCUGCUAGUGAAAUUAUCAUGUCAGUGAUGAGGGUGGUAUGUAACCCUAUUGAGGCAGACAGCACCUUUUUUUCCUAACUCUUGGUGGCUAUUGUAAAAAUGUAUGCUUUUAUGGACCUUUUUUGUGCUUUCCUUUGCCAUGUGGCACAUGAAAUGACAUAUCUUUAUUGUAUUAUUAUUAUUAUAAUCCCGAAAGAUAUUCAAUUCAAAGGUUUAUGAAGGUUAGACAUCUCAAUUCAUAUUUUCCAAGCAAGCUUCAGAAUUUACUAUAGCUAAAAGUAUAAUGAUAAUAUACGAAUAUUGUUAUGUACCAGUAAUCUGUACAUUGGUGUCCCACAAUGAGUGGAGAAAGAUGAAAGCUUCGUGUGCUUGGAAAAUGCCUCACUUUGCCACUCUAGAUAUACACUAUUAAGCUAAGGGCGCAAAGCCGUACGUGCAAAUGCGUGCUGUCUACAUGCCAAAACGUGGACAAUCUUUUGGGAUCCAUAAGUGGUAAGUAGAGGAGAUAGGCGCCGCCAGGGGACUAAAAGCCUGUUGAGUCAGCAUAACAUGUUGUGCUGCCCCUACGGCUAAUUAAUCAGCCUACGGCUGAUUAAAAGGCUAUGGGACGAACGAACGAACGAACGAAGUGGUAAGUACCGCCUCCGUCUGAACACGUAGAGAAUCCGACAGAAUUUGGAGCACGCAGACAUGCCGUAGAAGUUUACGUGCAGGUAUGUGUGCCAUUGGACUGCGGAUUGGCCCUCACGUGCCCUGUACAGGCUGAACGUUUUCAGAAAUAUGUGGCGGAAAUGGCAUCCCCAAAAAAUUUACAAAUUGCACGUACGGCGAGUUGUGCCCUUAGCUUAACUUAAAUGAUGUUACAUAAAUUGCAUUGCCUGCUGUUCAGUGGAGGUAAUCCUGGUGUCUUUGUGCCAAACUGCAUUUACAAAGGGUCAUGUACACACGUGGCAGCCCAGAUCUUUGCAAACUUUCAUUAAACCAGGCCAACAAUUACUAUAAA